UUUGGUGCAUGCUCUGAGGACACAGCGCUGAGGAGCUGAGACUGGACAUAUGCAUAUCACAGGCUCUGCAGCCCCGGGCCAGAGGAGUGGGAACACCCGCUAACAUGAAGGGAGCAGCUGAGACCUCUGAGAGCUAUUGUUUCGGGUUGUUUUCAUCUCCGCGGGGUGUUCUUCAGCUGAGAGCGUCCCAUUGGGAGAUGGGCCCCGUCCCACCGCUCUGAUCUCGCAGUACAGCCCCUUGAGUGGGGCGCUCCUGUCAGCCUCGUGCCAGACAGGCUGUAGUUUGCGGCAGGACGCUGUUGCCAGUUAAAGGCUGACUCUGUGAAUCUUCUCAGUACUCCAAAAUCCACCUGGGGCGUGGAUUGGCUCGAAAUGUGCUGGGCCUUAUAGGCACAUUGGGCAGGGCAAGCAACCCAAAUUUGGCAUCGUUGGCCUGAGGGGUUGCUGAGAUACAGGGCGCGCCCCCCACCCCCAAAAGCCAUAAAUCAGAGUCUUUCCUUCCAACCUCUCUCCAGAGGCUGCGCUCUGGCUCCGUCGGGGCGGGAGGCAGGAGCCCCAGGGCAGAACCAGUGCCCGGUGUGACACAGAAGCGCAGACAGAGGGCACAAUGGGCUGUUGGCUCUUGGAGUCUAUGAAGCUCUGCUGGGACUAAAGGCAGCUCCAUGGCAGAGCCCCCAGCUCAGCCUCCAUUAGGGGACUCCAGAGCCCCCAGAUUCUCCAGGGGGUUGGAAGUGGUGUUCAGGGGCCCGAUGAACUCUGCAAGGGGCAUCAGUGCCAGCUGUGUAUGUGGGGGGCACUAUAGAAAGUGGGGGGUGCCCAUUUGUGCCCCAGGGAUCAGCAUUGGCAAGUCCUCCCCCUGGCCCCCCUUGCUCAGAGGUCCCAGCGCAGCCGUUACUGAAAUCCUCUUGUGAAACCUGCCCAGCACUUGUGGGGAGAUGCUUAUCUGCAGGGACGCCCUGAACCAGCGAGGCCCGAGAGUGGGCUGGUGAUGGGAGGGGUGACAGCAGCACUUUUCAAUCCCGACCCACAGCCCCUGCUUGCCCAGCACUGGCUCCCCUCUGCCUCAGCUCUGCCAGUGCCCCUCUCUCCUGACCCACAGCACAUGCUAGCCCAGCCUUCCAGUCAGGGUCUUUCUAAAGUGGGUCCCCGAGUGGCUGGGAGCCCAGCUCUCUGCUACCAUCAGCAGGGGGGUGAAUCCAGAACCCCCUAUGGUCUAUGCGUACUUUGUAGACCGCUCGUUUGUAAACUCCUCCCAUGGUCCUAGAGGGUGACAUGGGGCAGCUGGUGGAUCAGAGCCCAGGCUGGGUGUGGGGAUGUCGCAAGCUGUCCAUUGCAGGGGGGAGGGAGGCACUAGGGGCUGGGAGCUGAUAAUGGCUCUUCCCCCAUCCCCAGCUUCCUGCUCCAGCCCUAUAUAAGGGGCUGGGAUGGCUGGGGCCAUUGGAGCUCACUGAGGACUCACAGCCAUCACAGAGUGGUUUGCCACCCUAGAUCUGCCCAAGAUGAAGCUGGUCCUGGUCCUGGCACUUGCCCUCCUGGGGGCCGUCUCUGCUCACCAGCUCCCCUCAGAUGAGGGCGCCCCAGAGCAGGAGGUACCAACCGAACAGGGCGAGGAGGAGUCUGGGGAGCCAGAGCCACCAUGCCCCACGGAGAGUGAGAGCUUCAGGAUGAUAGUGCCUGGCCAGGAGGGCCACACCUGUCGCUAUGUGUUUGUGAACAACUGCCAGCCAUUUUGGACAGCCCAACGCCUGUGUGCCCGCUGCUACCGCGGCCGCCUGGCCUCCAUUCACAACUAUGCGACCAAUCAUCGCCUGAGAUGCACGGCACGGGCCCGCACCAACCGGGGCCAAGUGUGGAUCGGGGGCAUCACCUUCCGCAGGUACCGGCGUGUGUGCUCCCGCUGGAUUGACCACAGUCCCUGGAACUACUCCAACUGGGCCAGAGGGAACCCCAGAUGUGCUAGGAAAACGUGUGUUGCCCUGUGCACCAGAGGUGGUAAAUGGAGAAGUGUGAACUGCCGGGCUCGUCUGCCCUUUAUCUGUGCGUACUGAGGGGGAUGCUUCCCCUAAGGGGCCCUGCUGCCCCCACCGCUCUGCUGGCCUGAGACUCCCUGCUCUGCCCUGCCAGAGGCGUCCCUGCUCCCUGGACUCGACUCUGCUCCUGGUCCUGCCCCAGCUCCCCCGGGGCAAGUCUGUGCCCCUCACCCUUGCUCAUAAAUAAAAAGUGCUUCACUCAUCA